GCGUCGCGAAGGCAUCCUUCCUUGGCGGCUCCAGGCCACCAUAAGCGGAGCGUGUUGGGGUUGAAGCCAGCAUGGAGGCGGCGGCGGCCGUGCUUCUGCGGGACAUGGAGAAGCGGCCGGCCGGUGCCCGGCGCUGCUGAGUUCGCGUCGCCCGUGUCCCUGCAGGGCUAUGCUGACUUGGCGCGUGGCGCGCGGGCCGUGGGGGGCCCUAUGUAGGACGGCGUGGGCGCGGGGGGCGCGGCCGGGCCGGGGGCGCGCUCUCGGGGCCCUGCUGCCCGCUUCCGGCUGCCUGGCGGAGCGCCAGUGGCUGCGGCCGGCCGCGCUCGGCCUGCGCCUGCUGGGGCCCGGCGCGCGGCGCCACGGCUCGGGCGCGGGGAAGGCGGGCCCGGGUCCCGCGGCAGAGGGCGGCGCCGCGGCGGAGGCCCUGGGCGGCCGGUGUGGCCCCGCGAGCGCUGCCAGCGCGUAUGAAAAUCCAUGGACAAUUCCAAAUAUGUUGUCAAUGACAAGAAUUGGCUUGGCUCCAGUUUUGGGCUAUUUGAUUAUUGAAGAAGAUUUUAAUGUUGCACUCGGAGUCUUUGCUUUAGCUGGACUUACUGAUUUGUUGGAUGGAUUUAUUGCUCGAAACUGGGCCAAUCAAAAAUCAGCUUUGGGAAGUGCUCUUGAUCCACUUGCUGAUAAAAUACUUAUCAGUGUAUUAUAUGUUAGCUUGACCUAUGCAGAUCUUAUUCCAGUUCCACUUACUUAUAUGAUAAUUUCAAGAGACAUAAUGUUGAUUGCUGCUGUUUUUUAUGUCAGAUAUCGAACUCUCCCAACACCGCGAACACUAGCUAAGUAUUUCAAUCCUUGCUAUGCUACUGCUAGGUUAAAACCAACAUUCAUCAGUAAGGUGAACACAGCGGUCCAGUUAAUCUUGGUGGCAGCUUCUUUGGCAGCUCCAGUUUUCAAUUAUGCUGACAGCGUUUAUCUUCACAUACUGUGGUAUUUUACAGCUUUCACCACAGCUGCAUCAGCUUACAGUUAUUAUCAUUAUGGUCGGAAAACUGUUCAAGUGAUAAAAGACAGAUGAAAGUCACCCAUUACCAUUAGCAAGAAAGCAAUAGACAUCGGCGGCGGCGGCGGCGGCAGUGCCAGUGUAAAUCUACAGGAGUUCCCUGUUUUCGUGUUCAGCUUGAAAAGGGACUUGUCAGAACAAACAGUGUCAUCAGAAUUAAAGUAGUGUGCAUUGAAGAGAAGCUUGAUCAUGCGCAUAUGCAGAAUUUCCAAUGUAUUUUUAAAAUACAAAUAAAACUAUAAUUUAGAAUUUUUAAUCUUAGGUUUCUUGAUUAAUUUAUAAGAAAUUAACUAUUUCAAUUAUAAUCAGUCUUUUUUAUAUGUUUUUUAAAAACAUCUCAGCAUGGAGACUGAAGAGUAGACACCUUUAAGUAGACUUUAGAUUGCUCACAAAACAGUAGUGAAUUUGUUGGGAUUAAAUACGCAUCCUACACAUAUUCUCACAGCUUGGCUGUAGAUGUUUAUGUUUGAUUUUUAAACCUGUAUACACAGUAGCAGUUUGUGUGGUUACUAUUUGAUCAUUUAUAAUAAUGAGAAUAAAGUUAACUUAGCUGUGGAUAAAGUAAAAUGGUAAAGAGAUUUAAAAUAAGUUUGAAAAUGAGUAAGAGGGCUGGGGAUUUAGCUCAGUGGCACUGUGCCUGCCUUGAAAGCACAAGGUCCUGAGUUCAGUCCCCGGUACCAAAAGAAAAAUAGAAAAUGAGUAGGAUGACUCAAAGUAGAAGGUAUUGAAAUUUGUGUUCAGAAGUCUUCCAACCUCUCAGGUGCCUAAGAGUUCACAUGACAAGUAACAAAGUAGUUGAAGUAAAAGAACAUGUCCAUUAGCCUUUGCUCCAAAAGGCUGUGAGUUACUUAUUUCCACAGUCACUGCAUUUCAGACACAGCAAUGUUUCUAUGAUACUGGAAACUACAUGUAUGUUAUGUAAAUAAUACGAAACUGUAUAUUUUUCAAAAGUUUUUUAAACUUUGGAGAAUCUUUUGUUAAGAUGUUAAAGAAAUAAAACUACUGGGAAAACACUUGUACCUUCAA